GAUGUCGACAUAAUUGCACUGAAUCUAUCUCAACAUCCCCUGUUUCAUCCCUCUCCCCGCUAAAAAUGUCCACAUUCUCUCUCCCGCUCUAUAUCUCUACAUCCUCGCAUCUCGGCGUCAUCUCUAUAAAUACCUUUAUUCCUCCGCUUUUCAGGGAAUUCGUUUGGGACUCGCUAGAGCUACAAUUAUCCCUGCAUUAUUGAAUUACAAAGUUCCAAAUUUAGGGGAAUUUCAGCUGCUGCUCAUGUUGUUUCUCCAGGAUUUGUUGCCGGUUGUGUGGGGAGGUGGAUUUGGAGAGAUAAUUCGGGUUUAUUCUGGAUCAUUCGUGCAGAACAUAUCCCAUUCCAUGUCGAACGUUGCGUGUGACGCCCAAAGUGAAGCAGACGACGGAUGCCGAGACGACAAGUUCGCUCUCACCCUUAAGCUCAUUGCGAUUGCUGCAAUCCUCGUUAUGGGAGUCUGUGGUGUGGCCAUUCCGUUAGUCGGGAAGAAGCGCCGGUUUUUGCGCACUGAUUCCAACUUGUUUGUUGCUGCCAAAGCGUUUGCCGCUGGCGUCAUCCUCGCCACGGGAUUCGUCCACAUGUUGCCGGACGCCACCGAGGCGUUGACCGAUGCUUGCCUGCCCGAAUUUCCAUGGUCGAAGUUCCCCUUCUCGGGAUUCAUCGCGAUGAUGGGCGCAUUGGGGACAUUGCUAGCUGAUUUUGUCGGGACGCAGUAUUACGAGAGAAAGCAAAGGAAACAGGAAGAAGAAAGCCAAAUCGUCAAGGCUGAUUCAUCGGAGGCCGGAUCUGAAUCGGGGAUAGCACCGACCGAGACGAGGGGGAGUGGCCGGCUGGUUUUUGGAGAAGAGGAAGGGGGCGCCAUGCACAUCGUCGGUAUGCACGCCCACGCGGCGCAUCACAGGCACAGUCACUCGCGAGAGCAAGGGUCGUGUGACGGGCAUCGGGGUGCGGAUCAACAUGGUCACUCGCACUCGCAUUCUUUCGGCUUCGAAGAUAAUACUGCUCGCCACAUUGUUGUUUCACAGGUUCUUGAACUUGGUAUAGUAUCACACUCGGUGAUCAUCGGCCUAUCGCUGGGGGUUUCACACAGUCCAUGUACGAUUAGGCCUCUAAUCGGAGCGCUAUCGUUCCACCAGUUCUUCGAAGGAUUCGCUCUGGGAGGAUGCAUCUCCCAGGCGAAGCUGAGGAGCCUCCAGUCAACCCUCAUGGCGUGCUUUUUCGCAAUAACCACCCCAAUCGGGAUAGGUAUUGGGAUCGGGAUAUCUUCGUUCUACAAUGCUAGCAGCCCGAGAGCUCUAGUAAUCGAGGGCGUCCUGGACUCGAUCUCCGCUGGGAUCCUCGUGUAUAUGGCUCUGGUCGAUCUGAUAGCAGCCGAUUUCUUGAGCAAGCGAAUGAGUUGCAACGCGAGGCUGCAGUUCGUAUCGUAUUUUCUCUUGUUCUUGGGUGCUGCCUUGAUGUCUUUGCUAGCACUGUGGGCUUAGUUAGUUGAUUGAUUAGAAGCUUUGUGACAUGAAAAUAGUUGUAAUUAUGUUUUUAGUUGUUAGGUCACAAAAAACAAUUUUGUCUCUUUGCAUUUCUUGGUAGCAAGUGAUUUUCACAUGCAACUCA